UCAGCACGAGAAGAUGAGGAGAUGGUUUCUUUUGGUACCAAGAACACUGAUUCUGCAACGGAAUUUAACCCCGUUGUGCCUGUGAAGAACACAACAGCUCCAAGUUCAGGAUGAGGUCGAGCUCUUCAGCGUCUGAACUCCGAAGCGCCGGGGAUCUUUGGCCCGAGAUCCAAUCAUGGACGGGAAUAUCCAUCCCCUGUGUUGACCACCGCAAGCACGCAUGCGCCAGCGCCGCCGUUUGAAGGCAUCGACGCGUGUGAUGUGACGAACAUCUUGGCCUGCUGACAAAAAAAAAUCCAUUCUUUUUGAUGAUUUAUCCAGCGUUUCAUCACCAGAUUUUCCAUGGGGGAUGCAGUGGAGAUCGCGUGGUGUUGCACUGACAGCUCGCUCGCCAGUUGACGCUUCCAAGAUGCGUUCCUCCGCCCGCGGCCGCGCCCGCGGCCGCCUCCUCCUCCUCGCCGCGGUCGCGGUGCUAUGGGGCGCGCCGGCGGCGGCCGCGGCGGCGGGCACCUGCAAGGCGUGGCUGGUGCAGUCCAUCCCGACCGACAUGCCCGACCUCCGGCGCGUCGCCGGGGUCCUCUCCACUGCGGAUGUGCUGCAAUGGCUCUCUGGGAAUGCCACAAAAAACCUGGAUAUCCUGGCACAAUACUGGCAGCUCUUAGCUCAGCCUAAUAAUCCCAAAUCAGGCGAUUAUGGGUACUCCGCGAGUGACAUGGUAAGAUUCGGGGCUGACGAAGGGCAACGGGUUUAUAAGGAGCUGGAGAAAGCUGCAGAUCGUAAGAUCAAAAUAAGGAUCGUGCAACACUCUGGAUUUGCACCUGAUUUUGACAAAGAGAGUGCUAAUCUCGCUGCAGGAAGACCAAAUGUCCAGAAUGUAACUUUACUUUUUGGUGAUUGGUGGGGAUCUGGUGUUGUGCAUGCAAAAGUAUGGAUAUCUGACAAAAAAGAUGUGUAUAUUGGUUCUGCAAACAAUGAUUGGAAAUCCCUUAGCCAGGUGAAAGAGCUUGGGAUUUAUUUUGCUGAUUGUCCACAGAUAGCAAAAACUGUGGAAAUAUACUUUGAAAAUCUUUGGAAACUUUCAACUCUCAACGCAACUUCUUACACCAAAGUUGCCUGGGACAAACAGUGGCAAGCUUUUAGAAAAGUGCCAUGCUGGUCACAUUUUCUAAAACCAGAAGAAAGAUGCAGGUCGCCCCUUCCACCUUCUGUUGAUGUCCCAGAUGUGGAUGGCUAUCCUUCACUUGCCAAUCCUGAAAUGCUUGAUAUUUUAUUCAAAACCCCUGGGUACAAGAGAUCCACUCAGGAACACCAGUUGAGCUAUCUUUCGUUCGCUCCACCUGAGCUUUCGUUUGACAAGUUCCAGGCAGAUGAGCAGGGUUGGCUUGACACCAUCAAGUCAGUUAAAUUCGGGGGUUUGGUGCGGAUAAGUACUAUGGACUGGCUAGGACAGUCACAGUAUGCAACACAAACAGUGUUCUGGCCAUCAUUGUCAUCAGCAAUAUCAGAGGUAAUAUUCUCAAAGAAUGCAACUGUGAGGAUCCUCGUCGCCUACUGGACGCAUUUCAUCCCAAACACAGAGAAAUACUUGAAGAGCCUUCUAUACUCAAACAUCCUCUGCACAUCGUCCAGUUACAACCACUGCAAUGGCAAGGUUGAGAUCAAAUACUACAUUGUUCCUGGGUACAAUGAGACUGGGCCUGCAUUGGCACAGGGCGCCGCGACGGGGAAUCGGUACCCUGAUUUUACCCGGGUGAACCAUGGCAAGUACGCCGUCAGCGAUGCGAGGGCAAACAUCGGCACCAGCAACCUUAUCUGGGAUUACUUCUACACCACAGCUGGUGUCAGCUUUGGAACAUACAACCCUGCCAUUGUUGCCCAGCUGCAAGAUGUCUUUGAUGCAGAUUGGUUUUCUCCAUACACUGUACCUGUAAAGCCACUCGAGGCAUCUGCGUGAAAUCAGGUUAUCUGUGAUCCAUCUCAGCUCGAUCUUGCUUCACCUGUUGCCAAUAAAGAACAUCACGGGAGUGGGCUGGACAAGUUGCAGAACAGAAACACCAUCCAACAGAGGAUCACAUGCACCAACAACAUUGAGGAUUUCAGUGUUCGUUUCUGUCAAGAACCUGCAAAAUUAUUUUUUUUUUCAAUUUUCGCCCGAUAAGUUGAUUUAAGGCGAUUUUACUUCCAAGAUGUACAAAGCGUAAACUUUCAGAAAUCAAUGCACGAAUGGUGAAUUUACCACUUGAUCAUUGCUUGACCUAAUUAAAUAAUUAAUU